GAAGAUAGUGAAAGAGAUUAGUAUUUUCUUUGUAACCGAAGUGACGAAAAAAAAAAAUACUGAAAAAAAUACUGCUAACACUAUUUACUCGUCCUUUCUCACUGGAACUCACUAACAGAAUGGCACAAUUGUCAAAGAUUGUCUUCGCUAUGGUUAUAUGCCUACUGUUUUUAACAGUAAACCUGUACGUGGAAGCGGACGAAGUGAGGUCUCGGCGGGACGCGGGCGACCUCUCCGACGGCGAGAUGGUCCUAACGCCGGACGACAUCGCGGUCCUGCAGAAACUCCUCGCCAUCCCCUCUCCAUCCAAGCGACGUCUCUGCAAGUCUGGAUACACAUUCAACCCUGUCGUCGGCAGAUGUCAGUUCUCCAAAGGAUGGGCACGAAGAUAUAAGAAAAGCAAGAUGUACUGAAGACGGAACCACCCCAAAAUACACACAGACCACACGUUUCGCCUGAUCACCAACCCACGUUUACACUUUACUUACAGCGUGUUGAUUUCGCCAAUAGCAUGGGAUAUUAUGUCACAGUAUGGUAUUCGACAUCUAAAACCUACACCAAACACUGUGCUUUGUAAUUAAAUAUCAAGAGUAAAAAACGCAAUAAAAAAAGCCAUUUUAACCAAAAAAACAAAAAUCAAACACUUCAUCGCUUUCAUUAUCAGAGGAAAGCAAUUCUUUGAAAUGUCUACUAAUUUCCAUCUUUACAUAGGAAUAGUCACUUCUCCUUUUUUCAGUUCUAGAUUAGGGGCUGCAUAGCCCCUUUAAUAUACUACCACGUACUACUAUUCUCUAGCUACAGUACGGUCUGAGGAAAGCCAAUGACUUUGUAUACGCAAGGCCCUUAUUAGUUUUUCAUCUAUCUGACCGCUUUUCCUUUUUUGAUUUGUACUGUCGACUGCCUUCUUUGUACUUGCUCGAUGCCGCAUUUCGUAAGGAUCAUUUUGUACUCAUAUAUAUUAUACAGCUAAUUCCUGAGUAAAGAUAGUCAUUGCGUAGGCAGUUCAGUUGAGAGAAUUGCAAUGCUUUUGUGGUCACAUUACGACUUUGUCAAAGAAUCGUUCAGACCAAUCGUACAGCAAACAUUUAAUAAUGAUGAAUGGUUUUGAAAACUGUAUUUUAAUCAUUUGGACCGCUGUAUCGUAGAAAUUUAUGUUUGUUAUCUUAAGAACGAAAAUCACAUCAGUGAGUUUUGUUGUCAUAUGUAAGGGCUCUUGCACUUUGUGUUAUACAGCUAAAUAUACGAUCAUCGUUUUGUUGUCAUAUGUAAGGGCACUUGCACUUUCUUUUAUACAGUUAAAUAUAUACGAUCAUCGUUUUGUCGUAGUGAUUUCAUUGUCAGGAUUAAACCAAAUUUCUUAACCUUUUAGAAAACCUUGCAGGGCAACUUGAGAAUGUUAUGUAAAGGUGUUUGUUUAAACAAAUUUCAUUAACAAAAAAUUGAAAACCUUGUUGGGCAACUUGUGAAUGUUACGUAAAGCUGUUUGUUUAAACAAAUUUCACUAAACUUAAACAAACAAAUUGUUGGGCAAUUUGUGAAUGUUAUGUAAAGGUGUUUGCUCACACAAACUUCCCUAAACCGUUUUAAAACAUUGUUGGACAACAUCUGGAUGUUCGUAAAAGUGUUUGUUUUGUUAUUUCCAAACCAUAUCAAUGAAUAUAUCUUCAUUGUGGACGUGCUCUUAGUAAUAAAGUAAAUCGCGACUUUAUAUUAAUUAAAGUACAUGUAACUAUUAAAUCUGUAAAGGUCUCUUGGAGUACUUUCUAAAAGGAGGUGGGUGUGUAUAUACUAUAGUCGGGUCAAAGACAUGUUUAACUUGUUUUUAAUCUUUUAACAUUUUAGAGGUCAAGAUACUAUGGUAGAAAUGUCAAAACAUGAUAGAUCUUAUUAUGUUGUUGAUGAAUUAAUUUUGUUUUACGUUUAUUGUUUUUAGUAUCAUGUAAAUGUAUUUAUGCAUAUUUCAGUGUUCAGUUUUAUAGUAUUUUCAAUCAGGACAACUUAAUUUGUCACCGGAUGGUACUCAAGGUAUGAACUAUAUCAACAAAUCUACUGCGUCAUUGGUGUAUUUUGUCUUCUAACUGAUCCUUUCCCAAGCAUGUUGCUUGAAGACAUAUUAAAUCGUUGCCGAACA